CCCACCCAGUGGUGGGGGAUAUAAAAGGAGAUCAGCAGGAGCAGAGGUUACUGUGCAGAGGACAGCCCUACAGACACCGCAGCUCCAGCGUCACUCGUGGCUCUCUCAGCCUUCCUAGCACCAUGAGGGUCCUGUCAGCUGCCCUGGCUGUUCUGCUCCUUGUGGCCAUCUGCUCCCUGGCUGAGGCUGAUCCCAGCAUCCCCAGCAGCGCUGCACUUUACAAGCAGAACGCUGAAGACACCACCUGCUGCUUCUCCUACAUUUCCCGCCCCAUUCCACGCAUGAUGAUCAGCUCUGCCUACGUGACCAGCAACACCUGCUCAAGGCCAGCUGUGGUCCUGGUCACCAGGAGAGGAACAAAGGUGUGUGCAGACCCCAGUGCUCGCUGGGUGCAGGAAUACCUGAAGGACAUGAGGCUUCAGUAGUCCCUCCUCCCUGCCGCUGCUCCCAGGCAGAGCGCUCAGCCCCCACCAUGAGGACUGCAGUAAGAGUGCUUGAGCUGCAUCCUUCUUCAAAAGGAAAAUUUACUACAAUUGGCAUACACUGGUUUAACUAAACUUUGCUUUUGCCUAAAUGCUUGAAUAAAAUGUUGGCUUGUCAAAUC